AUGUGGAUCAUCUCCUGGAUANAGAGCACAGGAGUGAGGAGAGUUCCAGGUGCAGAACUAUCAAGAUUGGACUCUUGUAAUGUGGAUCAUCUCCUGGAUAGCCCUACGCUCCCACCUGUAACAGACAUUACUUCUGAUCCCAGUGAUAGACCUUGCUCAAGUUUUACAACUGAUCAGGAACCCGAAUUCGAAGGGAGAAUUUCAUCAUCUAGACUAAUACAAAUGCCACAUGAUAAGAAAGCCUUCCUUUUGCCUUCACAAAACUUGAAUAGUUUCAACACUACUCAUCCUGUUCCAAUUCCCUAUUCCCACGUUAGUGUUCCUGCUAACUCAAUGUUUUCCUACCAAGAUGGGAUUGGCUCGACGUCUGGCUAUCGCUCAAUCUUACCCUUCAAAGGUAUUGAACAGGCCAACUUAAAUCUUUUGAUGCCACCAGAUCAAAGAAUAUUGGAACUCGAAAAGAAGUGCAAAUCAGAGUAUUUUUCGGCGAACAAUUCUCUGAUCAGUCAUUCCCGUGAUACUGGAUUGAGUACUGAUAUUGCUACUGAUGGAGAUAUUGAAAGCAAGAAGCCAUUCCCGUCAACUAGAUGUUUCCGCAAAUUAGGUCAUUGA